AUGUCCGAGUCCAGCGUCCGUGGUGAUGAGCACAAGGACCCCGCCUGUGGCCAUCCAAGCCCUGCCCUCUCGCUCCCGGCCCAGAUCAGCGUGGCCCCACCCUGGCACUCCCUACCGCUGUCGCAGGCUGAUCUGGGCCUGGUCUUCUCCAAUUCGAGCCCCUUUGCCUUCUCACAGUCCCUCCUCAUGAUUGCACCAGCGAGAGCACCCUCAAAAGCAGGAUUCAGAGCCUCCUUUGGUCAUUACUCGGUGGCACAGCUCAUCUCCAGCCCCCUGCUCCCCGUUGCUCCACCCCUCUCCGCCUCUCUCCUUUCCAAGUCUGUGGAGCAUGAUGUCAUGGACAGGUACAUGGUUCGAGCCCUGUUUCACUGGCGGGGAGACGCCAGCGGGGGACAAUGCAUCACACUUCAUGCCUUCAAAGCAACAGAGGAACAGAGAACAACUUGCAUCACUCAGCCUCCUCUAGGACUAUGUGUUGCCACCUUGAACCUCCCAAAGCACUGGUUUGAUUCGGACAACUCAGCCUCACCCAAUCAGAGCCCGGUGCUCGGGUCCAAGCGCCACUGGGGUCGAAAGCGGCACCGUGGGAGGCGACAUGGCGGGUCGCGAGCCCAGAGGGGCCGCACCACAGCUCGCGUUCAGCUCUACUACUCCUGCUCCGGCUUUGUGACAAACUUCAAAAUGCUGCCCCUUCGAUGCACGGAGGACAAACUGCAGCAGUCUCAGAAGAGGCUGUUUUACUUAGGAGCAGUCGCCCCCAGUGCUGGGGACCACGAGUCAGGCGGAGACACUGAAUCCAUGGAAUGUCCAGAUGCGCUGGGGGAGGAGCUGCGGCUCGAUUCCAACAUUGUGAUUGGUUAUCAGAAGGGGCCGGUGCGCGAAGGCCGGCGAAUUGGAGUGUCUGUUAGCCUCAUGUCCAAUUUCACUGGAGAUCUAGUAGUCAUAAGGCUCAAGGUGAAAAAGGGGCUCUUGUCUCUGAAGGCCCACACAUCUCGCACCCCUGACGCUUGGGUUGUAGCCUUGGAGAGGAACACGGGUUCCAAACAUGACACCAUCUCCAUAAUCUGCCACAAAGGCAGCAGCAGUGGAGACAGCUACAGCCCCGGCACCCCGCGGCAGAUCGCAUGCCUCUCCGUGGAGGGCCUACGCAGGAGUUUCGGCGUUGCCAUGACGGUGGCGGCUCACUGGUGGGUCGAGUACUCAGGCCGCAAUAACCACGUGUCACCACGCAGGGCCGCUGUCAGCACAUUCUCCUUCGCAGACAGAGACAUAUUGGGCAUCGCUCCUGUAACGGAGAGCAGCACCAUCAUCAACACAGCCAUGCUGAGCAGUCAGCCUGUUUCCCUUUCUGUCAUCGUCCUCGCGGUAGGGGGCGAUGGAAAAGUGUCAGAUGUCACCGCUGCCGUCACAUGUCACUCAGACAAUGAAGACGUUGUCAAGGUGUCCAGUGAUUGUUCCGCCGUCUUUGUUGACGGAAGUGAAUCGGGAGUGGGCGGCGUGUGUGUGGGAGUCGAGUUUUCCCUGGGCACAUUCAGCGGUGCCCUCUGUCUGUCUGUCUGGGCUCCUGUUGUUCCAUUUCUCAUCUUGCUGUCUGACCCAGUACUCAACGCAAUCGAGGGCUGGAGUUACUACAAUGAGGCUGGGUGUUCUCCAGUCUACCAGCGGUCCACGGUCCAAGUUCUCGCACAGUUUGCUGCCCAGCCAUUGGCUCAGACGAGUCAACUGACAUAUAUGCUGGGUUCACCGGAUUGGUUUGUAGACGUGACCGAACUUGUUGCCGAUUGGUUGAAAGUGGCCGAUCCAAGAGUGGCCCAACUCGAUGAACAGCGCAAUCUGAUUGGCCUGGAGCCUGGAGUGACAUCAGUUCACGUGAUUUCCAGCCAAUGGGACGGUGUUUUGGGGAGCUGUGAUGUCACCGUGACUGACAACGCUGUGCUUCCUGGUGACUUGUCUGUGCAGCUAAUAGGAGGGCUAGGCUUAUCAAUCAAAGCAAACCCCACUCAUCCCUCCAUCGUGACUGCAACAGUGACAGCCCGUAAUACCCUAUACAACCUCGGCCAGGAAGCAUCUCUUAGCAUCGGGAUCCAAUUCAGCGACGAUACUGCCACACUGCUCUCGGCGUUCCAUGCUGUCCCCUUUUCACUGCGCCUCUCUUCACUGGCCGAGUCGGUGGUUGUCGUGACGCCUGCCCCACCCCAACGAGUUGUUGCCCAGGGUGACGGGGGUGGCCCUUUGCUGAAGGCAGAGCUCCUUGUGUCGAUUUGUCAGCCAACCUCAAGCUCAGUCAGAGAAAAUGGAGUUGUAAUGCGGAGGCUGGCCAGAGGCUCAGGAUGGGUCCGGGUCAACCUGGACUCAGAUUUCCAGCGGAUGGAGAUGGAGGAGCCAGAGUGGAAAAUGCAAGAAAUUUCCAAGGUUCUAUUGGAGUCCACCAGGGAUGCUUACAACAGUUUUGGAGAUGAAUCCCCUUCGGGAAACUCCUCCCGUUAUUACAACGGCCAUAACAUGAGCAUGGAGACUGAGUUGGAGAAGGCUGUGCUAACGCCAAACCACGAGGAGAGCGGCGUGUAUUUCUCGGAGAAGGCCAAGCCGGAGGACAGACCAGGCUUGAGCAGUGAGAGGGAAACUGAAAUGGGUGUCGGUGCUGUGCUGUCGCUGUUCUUCCUCUCAGGCCUCCUCUUCCUGGCGAACUGUGUGCCAUGCGCCCUGUGGGAGAACAGGAGCAAGAGGAGGAACGAGAAAGAGCAAGCGGGACAGGAGGACGGUGAGGACAGGGGACAGGGUGUGGAGGACUAUGAGAUGAGGAACGGAAAAAGGAAUAAAAGGGGAGCAGUUGCUCUUUGGUGGGGUGGACUAUAGACCGAUGUUCACCAAGGUCCCACUUAUGCUCUGUAGUCACACCCACCAUGUUAAAGACAGCAGCAGUGCUCAGCCUUGAUUUUGUUUAAAAAAAAAAUAAAAAAAUAAUGUACAGUACUGUGCAAGGCUUAG